UGAAAAAUAUAAAUUUUGGAUAACGGGACCUGACAAAAAAUGUUUUGUUUUGUCUGCCUGCGUCUUAUCGCUCAGUAACUUGGUUGCCUAGGUGAGGAAGCCCACCAAGAGCUCGCGCUGUGCUGACAACAAACUGAAUGGAAGGACCGGUAAAAUGGCUCUUCAGGCAUACAGAGUUCAUCAUUGAACUUUUUGAAAGUGGGAAAACCCACUCUGAAAUUGUCACUGCACUACAGCGAGUUGGUGCUCCAAGGUGCUCAUUAAUGACGGUGAGAAGGUUUUGUUCAGAUCACAAUCUGCGAAGGAGAAACUUCGUCUCAGACGAGAGCUUGGGAUGCGAGGUGUUGUCUGCCAUUAACCAGACAGGCCCGUCUUAUGGCCGAAAAUGUAUGACCGGAUACCUGUCAACUCUGGGCAUCAACGCAGGCGAAGGACGUGUUGGGAGAAUACUUAGGGAGGUGCAUCAGCCAUACAAUAUCUUGCGUCGUCAGGGAGCACGCAAUCUAAACCCUAUUCCUUAUCAUGCUGAAUACAUGGGCCAUAAGCUUCACAUGGACCAGAAUGAGAAGUUGGGGAUGUUUGGUGUAACUCAUGUCUUGGCUGUCGAUGGCUUCAGCAGCAAAGUUGUAGCCAAUGUUACAAUGCCAGUGAAGAACAACCUGGUCAUUUACGAUGAAGUGUACAGAGCAGCUGUUGCCAGCAAUGGUAUGUGGGACCAAAUCAGAGUGGACCACGUAAGGGAAUUCUUCUUGUCUCUUUACGUUCAAGAGAAACUGUCCCAGCACCGAUUCAACACCAAUAGGCUACCAUACAAACAAACAACAUCAUCAAAGAAUCUCCGUGUGGAAAGAAUUUGGUCCGAAGUGAACACCAGGGUGAACUACCCAUUAAAAAUACUGUGUCUCCAACCUCACGUGUCAAGUGAGCCAAAUUGGACUUGAGAGAGCAGUGCAGUCCUGGAAUGCUCACAGAAUACCAGGCAGAGGAAUACCAAACAUGCUUGCAGCUGGUGGUUGUCCACAAAGGAUUUCAAUGGAGCUCCUACCCAGUGCUGCAGAGGCUGCAAGAAUGUAUGAGGACGAGUUAGGAGCCUCUUGACUUGGGUGUCAGCCUUUGGGACGGACCCCUUCUCCUCAGAAGAAGACCGACAGCAGGCAGAGCAGGUGUUCUUGCAAGAUUAUCCAGACAUAACAGUCCUCUUUGACAGGGCGGUCAACAAUGACCCCAGUCUUUUUCAAGACGCACUGUUGUGCCUCAUCAAUGCAACAAAUAGGUUUGCAUGAAAU